AUGCAACGGUUAACAGCAUGGACAUUACGUGCACGACUCUCGAGUAGUUGCCGGCAACAACUCGUCAACAAGAAGCCAUGGCAACCCAUUCUACCCACCAUGGCAAAUCGACCUUACACAACUCCCCAUUCAACCACCCCCACCACGACUACCACCACCACAACAACAACAGCAAUGGACGAUCCGCGUGUGCAGAGCUAUCGAGAAAAGUUACACAGCCGUAGCAACGAUGUAUGGACACGAUACCAAGAGUUGACCGACAACGAUCGAGCAUUGUUGGAACGACAAGACUUUGUGCAGUUACGGUCUCAGUUAUGGAGCAAUAAGAACAUGUGGGGUGCAGAAGAGAAGGUGUUGCAAGUGUUACAAGACAUGAAAGCGUUGGGACAUGCAUGGACUAUUCUUGAAUACAACGAGUACUUUAUGGUCAAGUUGUUCCAAGCACGACACCAAGAUAUCCUUGAUACAUUCGCUGGUGAUGAGUUUCAGCAAGCACAACUACCACUCACCAUUGGAUCAUUCAAUGUUCUCUUGGCAACCUAUUUACAACUUGGAAAGAUGGAUGAAGCGAUUGAAUUGAUUCAAACGGCACAUACAAAGUGGGGAGUCCAACCUGAUAUUCGCGACUUUCAACGCACCAUGUACCGAUGUUUGCCACGUGAUACCAAGAUUGCCAAACAGGCACGUGAGCUUAUUACACGCCAUGCUCUAGCCAACAAUUUGGAUAUUCUACGCAGCAAUCUUGCACAUCUUGUACGAGAGAAUCGGAUGAAUGAUGCAAAGUAUGUGUAUUCCAAUAUCAAGGAUGUCAAGUUGGAUGUAUCGAUCUACAGUAUCCUGAUCAAGGGUUUUAUGGAUGACAAGCAACCACGCGAAGCAGCAGCAGUGUAUGACGCCAUGCAAAAAGCGGGCAUUCAACCGAAUAAGACCAUUUGUACGGCAUUGUUACCUUAUUUUGCACAACAGCGUGAUCCACGUGCAUCUGAAAAGAUCAUUGAAGCAACAUUGGCGGGUGGACAUACCUUGGAUGAAACGAUUUACAAUCAGCUACUACGAGUCUAUCUCAAAUCACGCGAGACACGAAAGGCACUGGCAGUAUUCGAAGCCAUUCAGCAAGAUCCCAAACUACGAGUGAAUGAUGUGAUUCUCAAUACGCUCUUGGAUGGAUUACUCAUGAAUCGAGAAAUGGAUGCAGCAAAGUUGCUAUAUGAUCAGAUGGUUCAAACGCAUAUCAAACCGGAUCGCGUUACCUUCAACACGUUGCUCAAAGGAUUUGUUCGCAUCGAGGAUUAUGCAUCAGCACUACAAGUGAUUCAACACAUGUACGACGCCAAAUGCGAACCAGACAUUGUCACGUUUACAACACUUUUGGAUGGCGUCUUUGCACGUAUUCAACCUCAAUCAGCAAACCAAGUCUUUGAGUACUUGCAUCGCACAGGCAUGAAACCCAACAUUUAUACAUUCAAUGCAGUGAUCAACAAAUUCAUUCAACAAGAACAAAUGGCCCAGGCAGAAGAAGCAGUUGAUAUGUUACGACAUAAUGGAUUAAAACCUACCAUCCACACCUACACCAAUCUUAUCCAAGGCUAUGUGGCUAUCAAUGAUCUGCGUAAUGCCAUGCUUACGUUCCAAUCCAUUGUUCGUACUCCUGGUCUGAAACCUGAUCGUGCAUCGUAUCAUUUCAUCAUUUGUGGCUUCCUCAACAACAAUCGUAUCAGUGAUGCCGUCACCUGCCUUAUCAAGAUGCGUAAAGACAAGUGUAUGCCCACCACCGACACAUGGCGUAUCAUGAUGAAUGAAUGUAUUCGACGCAAGGAUUGGACCCAUGGUGCAAUCGUUGUCAAGGAAAUGGACGAUUGUGGUUUCUCCAUCAAGUCACCUGCUCUCCAACGCGCUUAUAGAACAUUAAAAGACAAGAUGUAA